AUGACAUCAACAUUACCAUCAACAUUGCCCAAGGUGCCGGGGGAGGGAACUAACUCCUCCGGCCCAGCUCAACCCCCGCGUUUGCUAAGCGGGGGAGCUAUUCCCAACCUCAAGGAUCGUAUCCCGAAAUUGGAACCCCGGCGGAGGAAGGCCGAGCCGGCGAACCCGAUGCCCGUUCCGGAGACACCACCAGCACCGCCCCGUCCAGACCCGGCAGCCCUUAACUUCACCAUCCCCACCAGGCGAAUCCUCUCCCCACAAGAUCACCAGCUCUUCCUAUCCUCCCCAACCUACAACCUCAUCCUCUCCUUCAUCUUUGGCCUCUCCGAGUCCGUCGUCGACAGGCCCAUCUCCUCCGUCAGAGACACCGACCUCUCCCCCACCGUCCAAACCAUCCUCACCAUCCUAGACGAAACCGACGCCCUCUGCCAGGAAUCCCCCCCAGACGACCAAGGCGGCUCCCGCUUCGGCAACAAGACCUUCCGCGUCUUCCUCGACAAGGUCAAGCAGCGCUCCCCAACCUGGCAUGCCACCCUCCUCAGCCAGCAGCCCGAGUCCAACGCCAUCCCCAACUCCACCGCCGCCGCCGCCGAGCUCUCCACUUACCUCUGUCAAUCCUUCGGCAACCGCAGCCGCAUCGACUACGGCUCCGGCCACGAGCUCAACUUCGUCAUGUGGCUACUCUGCCUGUACCAACUCUCGCUCCUCCAGCCCCCCGACCUUCCCGCACUCGCCCUACGCGUCUUCACCCGCUACCUCACCGUGAUGCGGCGCAUCCAAAGCACCUACUACCUCGAGCCGGCCGGCUCGCACGGCGUGUGGGGGCUCGACGACUACCAGUUCCUGCCCUUCCUGCUCGGCGCCAGCCAGCUCACGCACCACCCCGUGGUCACCCCCCGGGCGAUCCACCAGGAGCUGAUGCUGGAGGAGUACGGCGCCGACUACAUGUACCUGGGCCAGGUGGCGUUCGUCAACAGCACCAAGACGGUGCGCGGGCUGAGGUGGCACAGCCCCAUGCUGGAUGACAUUAGCAGCGCGCGCGGGGGUUGGGCCAAGAUUGAGGGCGGGAUGCGCCGCAUGUUUGUGAAUGAGGUGCUGGGCAAGCUGCCGGUGAUGCAGCAUUUCUUGUUUGGGAGUCUGAUUCCCGCUGCGGAGGGGAUGAGUGAGCCGCCGGAAGGGGGGGCUGCUAGCAAUGGUAAUGGGGAGGGAGGGGACGAUGAUGAGGAGGAGGGUGGUGAGGUGGAGGUGUUUGAUGAUAAGGAGGGGGUGCGGCAUGUGCAUCAGCCGAAGGGCUGGGGGGAUUGUUGUGGGAUCAAGGUGCCGAGUAGUCUCGCGGCGGCGGCCGAGAUGAAGAAGAGGGGGGCUGGGGAACAGUUGAGGAGGAUACCGUUUGACUGA